CUACUUACCAUCGCUAUUGCCAAUUUGUUGUUCCAAGGAGAAUCUAAAAAAGCUUUCAUGGUUGUCCAGAUCCCGCCGAGACCAUGAACACGGACGAGCGAAACUUCCGCUCCAGCUACUAUGAGAAAUGCCUGAUCAACAGCGUGGAGGAGAAGAAGUCACUGAACAAACUCCUCCAAGAUGAUGUCCGCAACCUGAACAAACUAAAGCAAUUCUGCAUGAACUACACGGUACCCAACAUACACAGGAGCUAUCUGUGGGCAUUGGUCAUGGGCAUCUUGCCGCUCCACAAGGCUUCGACGGCCUAUAUACGCGACCAGAGACGUGAGGUCUACGAGGAUCUGCUGCGAGCGGUGACGGUACUUCAAUGUGCUGCCCAGAAGGAGAAGGAGCUAGUGAUGCACACCAUGUGGCUGCUGGAGUCCAAUCGACUGUGGCACGGGACCGCCAGUCCCAGUCUCCAGGCGGACGACACCCACUUUAUCGAGAUUGUGCGGACCCUGCUACAGAUAUUCAACGACGACGUGGACACCUACUGGAUAGCCAAGGGAUUCUACAAGUACACCCGCGAGCUAAAGAAGGAGUGUGCCAAGCUUAAGGAACAAACACAGAUGCUGCUCAAGCGCGAAGACCAUCCGUUGUUCAGCCACCUGGAGGAGCUGGGAAUGUUCGAUGGCAACUCCACGCUGCUCGAGAACUGGUACAUCACUUGCUUUGCGGGCGUUAUUUGCGAGACUGUCCUGGUUAAGAUAUGGGACAAAGUGUGCGGUGGAUCUCGGAAGAUUGUCGUUUUCCUAUUUAUUGAGAUAGUGAAGGACUUAAGGUCCCUGAUUCUUAAGCAAAAGUCCCUGGCAGAGGUUAAAAGGCUGAUAGAAGGGGUAAAGGAUCUCGAUGGCGUCAUUGUCAACAAGGCCAUCAAAUCGCUGCAGAUCAACAACAGCGAAGUCGAGUACACACACUAGUUACAUUAUUCUAAUUUUUUUUAUAUUGGGCAUAUAAAGGCGAAAGAAAGCAACUAAA